CCGAGUUGUCUGGUACACAUAUUUUAUUUCUCUAGAACGAUUUGUUUUUCUUCUGAACGUAUCGUUUCUUAAGCAAAAGCCAACAUGCGAUCUGUACUGCUUGUGCUUCUCGGAGUUCAUCUUGUCUAUGGUGGUACACACUCUAUGAAAUAUUUUUACACUGAAGUGUCUGGAGACAUUAACUUCCCAGAGUUCACUGUGGUUGGUCUGGUUGAUGAAGGGCAGUUUGUGUACUUUGACAGCAACACAAUGAAAGCUGUGCCAAAGACAGAGUGGAUCAGACAGAAUGUGGGAGCAGAUUACUGGAAUACAGAGGCUCAGAAAUUCAUUGGGUCACAUCAGACAUUCAAAAACAACAUCCAAGUGGCAAAGGAUCGGUUUAACCAGUCAAAGUCAACAGGUAUGUCCAUCAAUCUCAUGAAUAAAGCUUAA